AUGCUUCUGUCCCCCCACUGUGCAGCUACACUGUGCUCUCAAACUGUGAAAAAGAGUUACGGUGCAGAGAGUAGUGCUGCUCUUUUACUUUUGCCUUUCCUUUUACCUGAAUAAGCUCUAAAACCUACAUCAUUUUUACAGAUUUUUUUUUUUCAUACUUAUUUUUAUAGGUUUGUUUUACACUGCACGCCGCAGAUGACUGGAGUUUUUUUUUUUACUGUACAGUGCAUGUAAAAGUAAAAACAAAGUGGGAAAUGUCCUGGAAAAAGCUUGAUUUUCAUGAAGACACAAGGUGUACCGAAGAAGAGGAGAGGAAAUACCCAGAGGAAUGGCAUCGUGGGAAAAUGUGGCACUCAGAGGGGACGGACAACAACCAAAUGGAGAGGAUCUUAAAAAGAUGGAGGACACAGGGGGAGAGGCAGUACGGGAUAGGAGGAGUGGGGGGGGGUGGAGGGACAUAGGAUGGCGUGAGGACCGAGGCCUGUGGUUGGUUUGAUCUGAGCCACGUGUGCGUCCAGCCACGUCUCUUUGCCGCUUCAUGGAUGUCGAUGAAACGUUGGCUUCCCCUGCCGCCCGGUCCCUUCUGUCUUGGCCCAGGUUUUCUGAUAUGAAAUGAUGCGAGUCCUUGAGGAAGAAAUCAUACAGUCGUGCUUCAGUCUGUUACUCUCCAGUGGGUUUACAGCUCAAUAACUAGUGUCAAGGUAUCUAUGAAGCAGGCACUCAGCUGUUCAGGAACAACUGUGGUUGUUCUGGGUAGCUCCCAGGUAUGAAUCCCUUGCAGCGAAUGACUGGGAAGCAGAACAGUGCUCGACUACCAGUAUUAUAAAACUCCCACUACAUAGAAUGUCAUCGCUCUGCUCUGUGAUGAGUUUAAAGCGGGGGUUCAGGCUGAGGAACAUGCUCUACCUCCACAACACAGGGCAGCCUUGAACUCUGCACCGUCACCCUCUCUACCCUCAGCCAUGAGUGUAACUGUAAGCUGAUAGUAUGUGAUCAACAGCACUGUGGCACCUACCAUCCUGCUGCUUCACCACCUCAAUAAUAGCUGGACUAUUUAGUCUUUGUUGUGAAAAAUGGCACAAGAGGGUUUCCAGCUCAUAGCUCUCGACAACAAAGACAGCACAGAAGACAACGAGCUCCAGCCAGCUGAUUUCCCAACGUCAUCGCUCGCAUCCCUCCAUCUCAGGGAUGAGGCUGUGGUCAUCAAUGAGAACAUUAACCAUAUGGUGGAUAAUCCUGAGCCCCAUUCUGUAUUCCCUGAGAUGAUGUCAUCACUGCUUAACCAAUCACAACAACAGACAGACAUAUCCAUGGCUACUAGGCCUGAGCCUUCACCAGCAGCUCAAGAGUUCUUGGAGUCUGAGAUGGGCCAAAACGACAGCGAGGCUCAGUCUCACACCCUGACAGCGUUCCUGCAGGAUCUUUCCUCCCCUGUUGAUCAUGAUGAUGUGUUUCCUUCCCUAACAACCAACACUGCCAAGGAAGGAGAACUUCAACCCAAGAACAACAUAACCAAAGCAAUGGCAGCAUGUAACUCCAGCUCGGAUGACAACCAUCUGUCUCAUGCAGAGUGGUACUGGGGAAAUAUCUCGAGAGAGGAGGUUAAUGAGAUGAUGAGAAACACUCCUGAUGGCACAUUCCUGGUCCGAGAUGCUUCCAGUAAGAAUAAGGGGGAAUACACUCUCACACUAAGAAAAGAUGGCUCCAACAGACUGAUAAAGAUCUUCCAUCAAGGGGGGAAGUACGGCUUUACUGAGCCACUGUCCUUUCCCUCUAUGGUGGACCUGAUUCAGUAUUACCAGAACAAGUCUCUGGCCCAGUACAACUCUAAACUGGACACACGGCUACUCUACCCCAUAUCCAGAUACCAGCAGCAGCAGGAUGUGAUGGAAGUUGACAUUGAUGCAGUUGGAGAACAGCUGAGGAUAUUUCAGGAUCAAUACAAAGAGAAGAGCAAAGAGUAUGACCAUCUGUAUGAGAAGUUUAACGAAACCUCCCAGGAACUGCAGAGUAAGCGUACAGCCAUAGAGGCUUUCAGUGAAAUCAUUCGGAUCUUUGAAGAGGAGUGUGAAACUCAAGAACGCUACAGCAAGGAAUACAUCGACAUGUUCCUCACAUUAGACAGCAGUACAGAGACUGACAAGAUUCAAAGCAAUUCAGAUGAGCUACAGUCGAGGGUGGAGGAGAUCCACAGCAGCAAGAAGAAGUUGGAAGAGGAGCUGAGGAGGAAGGCUCUGGCUCACAUGGAGGUUGACCAGAAGAUGAACAGCUUGAAGCCCGACCUUGUGCAGCUCAGGAAGAUCAGAGAUCAAUACCUGCUCUGGCUCACCCAGCAAGGCACUAGACAGAGUCAGAUUAAUGACUGGCUGGGAAUCAGGAAUGAAGAAGAAGACCCGUACACCCUGGCAGACGAUACCCACCAGGAGGAGAGGAGCUGGUAUGUUGGCGGUAUGCGACGGAAGGAGGCAGAGGAGUUGCUAAGGGGGAGAAGGGAUGGGACCUUCUUAAUCAGAGAUAGCCAGACUCAGAGAGGCUCCUUUGCCUGCUCUGUUGUCGUGGAUGGGGAUGUGAAGCACUGUGUGAUCUACAGGACGUCCACAGGGUACGGCUUUGCUGAACCCUACAACCUGUACUCGUCGCUGAGAGAGCUGGUCCUGCACUAUCGACACACAUCCCUGAUCCAACACAACCAGCAGCUGAAUGUAACCCUGGCCUGGCCCGCUCUCAGCCAGCAGCCCAGCUGAGACACACCAGCAUGCCACCCUGAUGGCACUUUCCCAAAGCUUCACUGUAUUAGCACUGAGGAUGCACCAAUAUGGACACUGUUACCAGGCUCUAACCGAAACAAUGCUCAGAUUUGGAUGUGUAAAAAUCCUACACUGGUAAGAUGCUAAAGCAAACAAAACACACCGAAAUUGCUUUGCUAAGUUACUUGGAACACAACAGCUUUUCCACAGUAGUUUUAAGGGUUAGUUCAUUGUCAACUUUUUCUGUUACAAUAGUAGCAUAUGUAGCUCCUGGCAACAGCCAGGCUUAACUUCUGUUCUAACCUAAUUUUCUACUUUAUUUUUAAAAAUGGUAAAAAUCCCAUUUACUCACCAUCUGCACAUACAGCUUGCAAAAUACAAUUGGGAUUAAGUACUUAGUAUUUACAGCAUUCAACAUUGAAUUAAAUCUUUUGCAGCAGUACUGAGGGAGUACUGAAAUAUUGCCUCAUCAUGACAACACUAGAACCGUUAUCAGUAAUUUUUCCAAACCUGUAUCACAGUUGCAAAAACAGUGAAGAAUGAAUUUAUCAGGGUAACACAGGAUACCAGUAUCUAGCUCUCAGAAUACUGAUUGCUUUAACUGAUUACUAUAUAUAAAAAUUAUAUAUAAUUUGGAGUAUAAAAAGAAUGAUACAUUUCUCUGAAGAGGGGGAGAGAAAUUAAUGGAAGUUUUCCAUUAAUCCAGACACAAAAUGUUGUCAGCAAUUUAUUUAUUUAUUUAUUUUCCUGAAGGCAAGCACAAGAAAUCCUAAAUUUUUAAAAAGGUCCAGUGUGUAACAUUUACUGUAGGAGUGUGCAUUGGCAAAAAUGGAAUAAAAUAUUUGUAGGUAUGUUUUCAUUAGUGUACAAUCACCUUAAAAUAAGAACCUUUGUGUUACCUUAGAAUAAGGCGUUCAGGGUGAAAAAUUAACUUUGUCCACCAGCCAAAUGACUAAAGAUGGGUCAAAGCAAAUCUAUCAGCCAUUGGGAUAUUUUACCAGCACUAGGGUGGUAAAUGGUGCCAAUUUUGUGCCCUGGCCAUGAUUCCACAGUAACCCAGAACGGACAAACCAAACACUUACUCAAGAUAGGGCCUUUUGUAUUUUUCUUGAAUAAAGCCACCAUAGUUUCUUCAAUACAUUUGGAAGAUAAGGAGUAUUCAAUUGGUCCCAAUCUACAACUUCACCACUAGAUGACACUAAAUCCUACACACUGGUCCUUUGAGAAGCAAAUAUUAAAUGUCAUAUAGUAUUGAAUUCAUGGUCAAUCUUGCCUCAAACAUUUCAAAAAUAUUUUUGUCCAACAAUCCAAAUUAAUGCUCUGUAUCGUGCUGUGUCUGGCAUCAAACUGUACAUAGUACUCCAAGCCAAAUUGAUUUCUUAAGCUUUGAAAAAAGUGAAUGUGAUGCACCCCCCCCAGUAUACAUCUUAAAUCCAUAUCAGUGCAGCUGCAGUGUUACGUGCUUCUGGGAAACUAAGCUCAGGAUGGGACUACCCAUCACAUGUGCACUAUGGGUAGUGUAGAAACUGAGGAGGCACAUGAGCACUUUAUCCAAAACAAGACAACCAGAACACACACAGACACAGAGAUGACUCACCAGUUUUGUCAGUUGAAUCGGACUUGGUUGUUCAAUUCAAUUAUUUGUUACUUUCAGUUCAGCACCACACUACACUCCUAUCUCAGCAUUUCCUGCAAUGGAAGCAUGGUUACAUGAGUCUCAUGUUUUAGCCUACCUCACGUUUAAUGCUUUUCUUUGUCAUCUGUAAUGUGAAAAGAUCAGAUUUCCACAAAGUCAAGGAAAGUAAAAGUGUGUGUCUUGCUCAUAGUUCAGUUAUAGAAUUUAAGCACAGUACGGAGCAUCUCUGCUGCCGGGCUGCAGCUGUUAGCCAGAGAGUCACUCACAGUGGACAAUGGUAGAGGAGGUUGUAUCAACGUUUGGUUUAAAAGGGGUUUAGCCAACUUCAUUGACAGUCAUCACUGGAGCAGAGUGCAUCGGAGCAGCUGCUGCUCCGCUGUUCGCCGUCACGCUGCCCUCCAUUAAUUAUCACAGUUAUUGUGGUUUGCUGGCAUUUUGAGACUCGGUUUACAGCCUGCUAUGCUGUUGCUCUGUGUACAGUGACGCAGCUAAAAAAAGAAAACAAAAGUGCAGAGAUUUGACUGACAAAAUGCGAGUCGACUCGGGGUCUUCUCGGCUGAUGACUCAGAUCAUGGACUUUUCUGGGGGAAGCCCUAUUAAGAGUAUAAAAGUUCAUACUGAUAUCUGUGAAUCUUUCAGUUUUCACAUUGGGAUUUUCAGGAGCAUAAGCACUCAAGGGUAAUUAAACUCAUGUCCAUGUCCUGUCUUCAUUCUGCACAUUCGUGCAAUAUCUUCAGGACAUUAUAAAUGAGAUACAUUAUAAAUUCAUUGAUUCUACCUCUGGGGUGUAUUUAUGCUUCACAGCAUUGUCCUUGUAGCGUCUUUCAAAUUAUUCUGAGGGGAAAUGUAGAUUUUUGUGUGUAGAAAAAUAGGACAAUCACAGUUAAGUUUGUGUACUCUAAUGU